GGCUCGGAUUCCUCGGGGGGGCCCGUUCUGCAGCCGCUGCUGCCUCCUCAGCAGAAGAUGGGUGAAUUGCCUCUGAACAUCAAUAUCCGUGAUCCUCGAUGGGACCAGUCCACCUUCGUAGGCAGAGCUAAGCACUUCUUCACUGUCACCAACCCCUUGAAUCUUCUACUAUCUGAUGCUCGACUGAAAACUGUCCAGACCAUUGUGGAGAACUACAGGGCAGGGAUCGUGGCCCCCGGAAUGACUGAAGAUGAACUAUGGAAGGCCAAGUAUGAAUAUGACUCAGCCUUCCACCCUGACACUGGGGAGAAGGUCUAUCUCAUUGGCCGGAUGUCUGCCCAAGUGCCCAUGAACAUGAUUAUCAGUGGCUGCAUGCUCACCUUCCACAAGAACAUCGCAGCUGUGAUCUUCUGGCAGUGGGUGAACCAGUCCUUCAAUGCUGUUGUCAACUACUCCAAUAGAAGUGGGGAUGCGACGGUUACUGAGAAGCAGCUGGCAACUGCUUACUUGAGCGCUACCACUGGGGCUGUGGUCACUGCUGUGGGACUCAAAUCCCUCACCAAACACCUCCCCAGCCUGGUCAGCCGCUUCAUCCCAUUCACAGCAGUGGCUGCUGCCAACUGCAUCAACAUCCCACUGAUGAGGCAGAGGGAGAUGGUGGUGGGGAUUCCUGUGACUGAUGAAGCAGGCUACAAAUUAGGCUAUUCCACAAAGGCGGCUCAGCUGGGCAUCUUCCAGGUGGUGACGUCCCGGAUCGGCAUGCUCAUACCCCCUCUGACCAUAAUCCCUCUACUUAUGAAUGUUUUGGAGAAAAAAGACUUCCUGAAGCGCCGGCCCUGGCUCUUGGGCCCCCUGCAAGUGGGGCUGGUUGGCUUUUGUCUGUUGUUCUCCACUCCCCUGUGCUGUGCGCUUUUCCCUCAGAAGAGUUCCAUUUCAGUGAACCGCCUGGAGCCAGAGCUCAGAGCUAAGAUCAAGAAGCAGAGCCCAAACAUGGAGGUGGUUUACUUCAACAAGGGACUCUGAAGGGAGUUCGGGUCCAUCCCAUUAUUCUCCUGUCCCAUUCCACCCUGCCAUUGGUGUUGUAGCAUUUCAGCUGGAGUACCUCUUCUGACCUUCCUGUUGUUCCCUCAUGGCCUCUGCUCUUCCCUCCCUCUGACAUCCCCCAGGGCCCAACUCUGGGCUUACUUCCUGCUCCCACCAACUCCUAACGUUCAGGGCAGACACACUGUUCUUCAAGGUAGGGGUGGAAGGGUGGCUGAGAGACCCCUCCUUCAGUAGUCAGCUCAAACCUUUAGGAUCUUGUCACAUACUGGAUGGUGGCGGGGG